AUGAUGAAAUGUUUACAGCCUGACCUUAUGUUGCAGAGACUCGUAUUUCUUCUGGCUACAGUCAGAGUUACAGAAGGUGAGUGAGAAAUUCUAAAAUUGAUAGUCGACCAGUUGGCGGAUGCAUGUGCUCAGUCAAACAAACUAAUAAUCAGGGAAUGUCAGUAUAUCUCAGUCAUCUUAAUCAAGACCCAUAUACUCGAUAAGUGGGCUACAGGACGUCAUUGCAUUUAGUAUGUAGAAAUGACUGACUGCCAUUGAGACACAAGCACAUCCACAGGGCCUACUUGUUAGGAAGACUAAAACUACAGGGCCAGUUGUUCGCAUUACCGAGCGAGGCCUCGUUACCAAAGACACUAAAGGAAAAAUUGUAAGUAUCGAGUGAGGGAUUUGUUAUAGAGGGGGUCAUAUAGGUUUCUGCACGGAGAGGUGCAAAUGUUAUUCUUUUUGCGAGGUAGUAACGGCAUUGAGUUCAAAAAGGGUUGAUCACAAAUAUUCCGCUAUGUAAUCCGAGAUUGUUAGUUUUUUUUAUACAGUAUUAAUUUACCCGCAACAGCUUUGAAAACUCAAUGGCUUUGCGGUUUUUAUAAGUAAGUCAGUAGUGCGAAAAACAAAUACCAAAUGUCAUUUUUCAAGCAAUCUGGAACUGAAGACCGCCGAAGUCUAUGCAAGCUUUGCAUUUACAAUGAUCACUCUUUACCUCAAAUACUUCAUCCGGAAACUCCCAAAAAUUGAAACCCCAAGCUAACUAAGUGGAGAUAGGUCUCCUAAUUGAAGCACAUUCACUAUUUAUUCACUGACUUUUCAGCUGAUGUCCAUUAUGAGCUGAAUCCUUAGAGUCUGGUCAAAUGUCAUUUUCUGCAUUUUCCCACGAUCUUUGCCCACUGUUUUAUUUUCUGGUUCUUUAUCCGCCUAAACCAACUGGAGCGCAGAAUCUUAAUUUCCCGAAUCGUGUGAAACUGGCCAUAAGAUUGAUAUUUAGUCAAACGAAAACAAAUCAAACCUACUUUUCUGUUUUCAAAACAUUCUAAAAGAAACAAAAUACACCCUGAGUUCAUAACUGUGUAAGGAACGGAAGUUUUCCAUUUAUCUGUUUAUUUAUCUAUCAUAAAUGCAAGAGUUUCCCUUCGCGCUAAUUAUAAAAAUAAAUAUAUCUCAUGAUAUUUUUUGGUCAUCGACAGUAAUAAUGAUAGUUCUGGGAAGGAAUAUAACUCAUUGCGGAUUCUAUGACAUAGGUUGUGUUACUCAGAUGUUAAACAAAUUGUAAAAGUUUUGGUGUGUCAUUUAUUACACGUUUUGUUUAGUACCACCGGAUGAUAAUUAUUUUUCUUGUAAUAAGUACCUAUAGCCUGCAUUGUUUUUGCAAAUGGAGAUUUUAUCCUGUGCAGUUCUUUUUUAUGGAUUAACAGAAAUGAAGCUAGAAAACUAGCCUGCGUAGCACAACUUCCAAGCGCCUGCUACGGCCACUAGAAAACAAAUCAUGAUAAUCUUUUUAUAGUAUAUUGCAUUAUCCAAAUCCGCAAAGGCUUAAGUGACGGAAACGUAGGAUCUAUGUGUACAGAAUGCCAAGAACGACAUAUUUCUUUACGUAAUGACUUUGUAUGAAGAGCUUUGAGGGUGCGUUCUUUGAAGUAACGUACUAGGAUUUAGCAGUCUCUGGGAUCAUGGUGGCCCAGGCGCACCAAAGGUACUGCCGCUACCCUGUGAAUACUUGUUCAGAUGGGAUAAAGCUGUCCCUUUGAUGUACCAUGAUCAGAGUGACCCUGGAUCUUAAUUCUGAUCAGGAACAUUCCAAGAAAUGCACUGUCUCAAUCCUGAAAUCAGCGUAAAAAAGAGAACGAAACAGCUUCCCAUGUAGUCUUAAAAAUGAAACGGCCGUAUUUUUUUUGUGUGUGUGUGUGUGUGUGUCGAGAACGAAAUUAAACUGGAAAACAAAGCAAAAAUAAGCAGGCGAGGCAAAAGCAGGAGGAAUAGCGACUUUAUCAGCUCUCUGAGAGCUAUCAGAUGGCUUGCUGGAUGUUAUAAAGACUCAGAUAGUGAUACCGCUAUUGAUCUGACAAGAAUUGAUGAUAUAUAGCUAAAAUCAGAGAUAUUAAUUGACUCGGUUAGGUGCCUCAUUCGUUAAGGACUCCAGCUGGAAAUUGAUAAACUUGUAUAUCAUUUGAGAAUGUUAAAUGUUCAGAUUAUACACUUUUUUUCUAACGUAUUUGAUUUGGCACGAUUCCCCUUGUUGAAGGGACUGCUUGACAGCUUUAAUUUGUGAUGACAAUAGUUUACAUAUCGCCCACCUUUUGUCUACGAUGAUACGUGUAUCGCUUUUGAACUGUCUUGAGGGUUGAUAACUGGACAUAUCAGACCUAUUGUAAAUAAAGAUUUGGUGCGUGAGGCCAUUGUAGGAGCGGCGUGAGCUGAUAAGAGAUCACUGUGUUUUUCAUUAAAUUGUAAUAAAAAAAUUUGCUUGUUUAUUUUGUGGACACGUUAUUAGCGUUUUGAGCUAGAAAGGUGUCCUUUCUGUAAUUAUUAUUGAAAACUAUAAAACCGCUAAUUUAUUUCCUCCACGGGAGACAGUUUUCGAACAAUACCGCUCAUUACCGCUUAGUGCAUAAUGCAAUCGAAAGAUACACGACAACUUUUUUUUACAUCUGCCAUUAUCGGAAGGAAGUCGUAAGCUUCCUGAGCUUCUGUAACCAAACCGACUUGUUAAAUAGUUUUUGCUCACGCUGGUUAACAUAAAACCCCGGGUGGUACUUCUGGGAAUUCGUGGUGAGGGUGUACUGCAUAGUAGUCUAAAUUCUUACCCUAUUUCAGACAAAACUGAAAAAUACUAUUUUCCAUAACCAUUUCCGUACCCGUUAUUACUCUUUCUUUCCUAUUCAUUUGGAGUUGAAAUGACGAUUAUAAAAAUACACUCUCGUAGUUCUCUCGAAAAUCAUCCCCGAUUUCAGAAUCAAAAGCACAUACAUAUGUGGCUCAACUCACGGAUUACCGCCUGAGACAUAAAAGAAUCCAAGAAGAAAGAGUUUAAACACUUUGGUCUUUGUCGAUGAAACAGAUUAAUCAGCAUUAGUUUGUUUUGACUUGUAAUUUUUGAUAAUGCCUUUUCAAUAGCAAAGAUAAUCUUCAUGCUUCAAGAGUGCAAGAAUACCAAGAAUGUUGAUUUUGUAUAAAAGUUAGCGCUUUCGCAAUUCCUUAGUAACAUAAAUAGUAGCUGAUGUAUUUGUUUUCCACUUAAUCCGAGAUUCACAGAACGCCAUUUUGGAUCUCCAUUACCAACUCCCAUGAGAGUAAUUUGCGUUUACAGUACAAACUAUUAAGCAUCUUGCCAAUAUGGCUAAAAUUAUGUUUUUAUACAUGAUUAGAAGUAUUCAUUUAUUUGACUAUCAAACAAUGGCUUUUAGCCUUUUGAAUUAUAAUCAAGUUUCGUGAUUGGACAAACUUUGGCGGUCAUGCUAAUUUCAACCAUUCAUAAAAGACUACUCACUCAUAACGCGCCCACGUGACCAGACUGUCAACGAAGGAAUGUAAUUGACAUCGAAGAGGUUACGCGCGAGACCGCAUAGAGGUUCAAAGCAUGCAGCAUAAAAAUAUCCUUGAUCUGUCGCGUGGAUUAGCGAGAAGAGAAGAUGAUCAGCUGUUCCACGUGUAGUGUUAGAGAGAUGGAUAUGUAGUCAUUUGCAAAAUCCGGUUGUCAAUUUGAGUUCUCCAAAAACUCUGUGAUUUCUAUUGCUAUGCUCCUCUGCAAAGUACUCUUGUUGUUUGGACUUGCUCAGUUUCUAGGUAAAUUUUUCCCGGUUAUAUGUUGUCUCUUUGCGUUAUCGUUUUGAACUUCCUUUAAACCCCCUCUAUAUAUUUUUGUCUUGCUGUUGAAUGUUUGAGUCUUUCAGGGUUUGAUCCUGGUUAUUUUUUAUCGUUAGGUGUUGCAGUUAGUGCAUUUAGGCUGACCAAAAGCAAAGACGUAGUGCAAGUGAAUGUACGACAAAAUGCCUCUCUACAAUGGAACUACGAGGUCGAUGCGGGAGAAAGUUAUUCUAUUGUAUGGGGAACCAGCCGAGAUGGAGUAAAUGUCCAGGAUAAAUUGUAUACGAGAAUAAAAGGACAAACAGCACAACGUUCGGCGCAAAUGCCGACAAAGUUUGUUGACAGGGUGAAAAUCAUAAAGCAAGCCACUUUAUUCAUACAGCGCGUCGAUUUGUCAGAUGAAGGUUAUUACAUGUGUCAGAUCAGCGGAGAGUUCCUUACAAACAGGGAACCGAUUAGACUUGAAGUGAUAGGUGAGUGUAAAAUUUUAAUUUUCGUUUUCUUUGAAUUGCGUGCAAAGCCGAGUGCAAUCCGUUUUAGCUAUAAAGCAAUUUAUGUACGCAACGAUCAAGGUCGCGGGCCUAACUGCACCCUAUUUGCGUAUUAUAUAGAGCGUUUAAUUGCGCUCUUCAGAGCACUUUUGCAGCUUUUAGUAAAUAUUAUUUACCAUAUAUAAGGUAAUGAAUGCUUUUAUCGUGCUUUCUGAAUAUUUUGUUCAAACAAAGCAACCGAGAAGCCUUCCAGAUUUUUUUGGAUGCGGUUAAUUCGGUUUGGACGUGAAAGCUAACUUGAUCGAGAUCAACGAAGAUCAGAUGAAGAUAAAACUGAUCUCGCAGAAAAUCUGUUACCUGAGGGAAAGCUUAGGCAUAAACAAUGCGAUCAAGGAACUCUCUUAAAACCACUAUUCCAUUGCCACGAUGUUCUUUGGCGCACGUAGUUGUUCGAAAAAUCUAAGACAGUGUUUGUUUCAGCGAACAGUGUCUUCCUUACUAAUACCUCUCGUCUUAAUGUUCGGACGAUUUUGGCAUUUAAUUUUGUGUCAACAUGUAACAGAACAUAAGUUAUUUAUCUGGGCCCGAUUUCUUUAGCUUGGCGUUAGAUUACCAGCAUAAUUGUUACCCAACAGAUUAACAAUAUGAAAUCGAAAAAUCGUGUUUAAAAAAAGUCGGUCGAGCGGAAUUUCCAAUCAAGUAUCACAUUAAGACAGGACAUUACAAAUAGCAAAUUUUGGGAAACAAGAGUUCUCCAAGCUUCUGUUGUUUACAUUCAUAUCAGAUCAAAUUGUUUAGGUUUAUAGUUGCAUUACCCUAGCGAUGUAAAUAUAGUAAUUCGCCGUACGUAAGAUCUAGCGGACAAUUUCUCUCUCUAAUAUUAGUAAUGUUUUUUUGUAAUCUAUCUUUAUUAUCCCGGUGUAUAAUUCAAAUAUUCUAAGACAAGAUUAUUCUGUCGCGGUAACGUGGAAAACGAGGGCCAAUAUUUUUUACGUGCUCUUUUAUUCCGAGCAGAAAAGAUGCGCCCACAACACUUGAAUAGUUUGCUAUUGUUCCGUUUAAAUUUAUGUCACCCACGUACAUUUGAGGCGUAACUUUUCUGUGGGUUGGAAAAUCAUUAGAUGAGAAGUGUUUCAAAUGAAAAUGUCAAAACCCACUUAGGAAGAUAUUCAUUUUGGUAGUAGCUUGUAAUGAGGGGAGACGGUGCAAAAUUAAUUUGUAAUGAAACGAUAAGAAGUCAAAUGGCGAGCACUUUUUGUUCGCAGACAUUUGGGACUUUAAAAUGUGAUAAACUAGAGGAUUAAUGUUUGUUCGUGACUUUUUUUAAUACAGAUCGCGAAGGACGCAAGAAACAGCCCUGUAGGUUUUCACCUCACACAGUGCAAAACAAAGCCCUUGCGACCAAAUCUCACGUGUAGGGCAUUUUAGGAAUGGCUUUACACUGACUCACUUCUUUAUUUUAAAGGAAACCGAAAUUGGACAUUUAAAAAACCCAAGGAUGGGGCUAUUACCAUUGGUCUGAGGGUUUUGUUUUGUCUUUACCGGAAAUUUGAACUAUUUUAAUGACUGGUUGUCUUUUCUUUUUGAAGAACUUUCAGUGGUUAAUUUUUCAUGAGACAGCUGGCAGAAGUGAUAAUACCACCCCUAGUGGGUAUUUUGUUGACAACCUGAAAAUUAUUUGUCAGUCUGAAUAAUAUAUUUUUAGAGAAGGUACUAGUUCUGUUAAAGUGACGUCUAAAAUUGUUUCCUAUUGGGACCGAUUUCAACAACAACUGGAUAGUUUGGGUUUUUUAUUAACUUUCCUACUCUUGAGACCUCAGUGUACAUUUAUAAAACUUUUAAAUUUGCUUUUAGUUAUUGAGUGUAAUUUUAAUGUUUUUUUUUUAAACAUUUUUACUGAAUUUCAACAUUGGUUAUGGGAAAUGAAAUUUAUUUUAUUUAUUUGACAUAUUUUAAAGUUAAAACCUGACCGACAUUACAUUGGCAUUUUGUGACUACAUAUAUCAGACAAAUCUACUUUAUUGAAACAGCACAUUAAAUUUGAAAUAUUCUGAGUACACAUUUGGGAUCUCACUGACUUUGUGUUUGUAAAUCUCAGAAUAUUCAGUUUCACAUGUUAAUUGUAUCUACAUAUUUAAUUUAAAAAAGGGAGAUAGAAAUGGAUCAUUUGUGGCAAAUAAAUGUGGCUAAACUCUUAAUAAUAAUAUAUUCUGGUUUGCCUAAAGAUAUGUUCUUUCCAUUUGACAGAAUAUUUGCAAGUUUUAAAGCAAAACAAAACCUUGUGUAAAAUAUAUUUUACUUGGUGAUUAUUUGGAAAGUUUUCGUGACAUUCACAUAGAGUCAAUAACUAAUCAUCAGUUUGAUAGCCUGGCUUGUGAAAACUAAGAAAUGGGUUUCUUGCUUCUAAUGUGUGUCACAUACCUUUAUAAUUAAAAAAGAAGAGUUAAGCUGACGGUAAAAAGUAUAGGGACAAAUCAUGCCGUGACAAGUUGUACUUUAAAUUUCUGAAUUAAUUGUUAGGAAAAUUUAGCACCCAAAAUUGUAGAACAGUUUUACUGAUUGACAUUAACUAAUGUUACAAGGUGACCUUAAAUGCCUAACUCUUAUGUAAAUUAUGAAGUAGGUGCUCAAAAUGUGUUUAAUUAUGAAUAGGCAUCCCUCACGUACAUACAGUGACAUCAUAGCUAUUUCAUAAAUGGUGAAAAUGACACCCACUGUGAAAAUUAGUGCAUGGAAAUAUAUCAAGUUCUAGCCUCCAGCCAAGCGUAUUUUUCCAUUGUUUAGUUCAUUCUCUUUUCAUAAAAUUGAACUAUGUAAAUAUAUAGUCCCUUAUUAUUGUAGGCUGCAAUAUGGUGAGAAAUAGAUCACAUGCUAUUUAAUUUUUAUCUUUGACUGCCUUUCUUUUAAAGUUCAAAAGCAUCUUAUGACAAUGAUCAGAACAGGUCAUUAAGAGCUGGCAGUGGUGUUAAUAAUAGUUAGGUGCAGUGUUGAUUCAAUCGUCAAGUGAUUAAAUGACUUUUUGCAUGCAAAAGACUAUCAUUUUAUCUUCUUUACAGCUGCCCUUAAAUGUAUUCAAGCUCCCAAUGUAUUGAUCAUCUUUAAGUUUUCAGACGAUUUUUUUCAAGUUUGGAUGAAUGUAUCUUACUGCUAGCCUAUGCAGCUGUUUUCUCUAUGAGACAAACUUCCACACUGUACUUGCAGAAAACAGUUAAUUCACAAAAAUACAAAGACUGAUCCCCUAACCAAAAGUUGGGCUACAAUAUGAUAUAUUUUGUAGCCUUGUAAUUUUGCCUGAGCCUAUAUAUAUAUAUUGUAAUAUAUGAUCAGCCUUUUUGGGAUACAGUCAAGUUACCUGGAGUGAAAACAACUGAUAGACCUGUACUUUUCAGUAUUGUAUAUAUUACAAGGUGGGUUCCAUGAAAGAGAUGGUACCCCCUGUAAUCUUUGAUUUUAGGUCUUAAAGCACUGGAAGGGAGAAUUCACAAACAAAAAGUGGACUCAUAAAAAGAAACAUUUUUUAUUGCCUUUAACUUACUGAUAAUAAUAUGAAGGUUUAGAUGACAAAAAACAAAAAAAUUUAAGCUGUAAGCCUUGAACAUGUAAAAUGAGUUUUGGGCCACUAAACACUAGUUUUGACAUCAUAGACUGAAACUGCAAUAUUUUUACCUAACAAUAUUAUUAAUUUCCUGUGUCUUAUUGCCACAUACUUCCAACUGAGUUUGACAAGGAAUUCUAGAAAGUAACAAUUUUGUCAAAUUACAGGAAUAGUAAAAUAUGUGUAAGAGGGAUCAGCAGCUUAAUGCAUAAUUGUUUUUUUCUAAGGGUAAGGUUAUUUUUGUUGUUAUCUUAAAAUUUGGGAAUUUUCUUCUCAUUGUGAUAAUUCUUUAUGAAACCUUAUUUCUCCUCGAUAGUAACAACAUUUUACUGGUGUAUCUGCCUUAACUCUUAGAAUUUGUGAAGAACAUCAGAACUAUUUUAGCUCAGAUAAGUUUCAAUCUUCAUUUUUCAAUUUAUUGUGGUUAGUCCAUGCUGUGAGCAUGUUGAUUGAAUAUCUCAUUUCCUUAAGUCAUAAACAUAACAUACCGGUAAUUUAAUUUUGUAGUGAGCCUCAUAAAUUAUUACACACAGGUAGGUACAAGACAAUCAUGGAGGAACCAUUCUAGACCCCUACAUUUCCUGUGGUUACUUGAUAAGGAGAAUAUAUUUAACAGUAUUUUAUUAGUAAAACCCUUUUCACUUGCUUAUCAUUUUUAUUUAUUCCAAUGACCAUUGUUUGAUGGUAAGAGAACUGGAUGCCGGUCACUCUUGAAGUUCAGGAUUUCCAGUCUUUCUAAAACAAGGCAGUUUGAUAUCCAAGUAAUUGUCAUGUCAGGUGGAGCCUCUCAACAAGUACUUACAGGCAUUCUAGAGACUUUUUUCCAAAAAUGGUAACAUAGCGUACAUAUUUCUGGUAGUAAUCUUUUCACUGUAAAUUAAUUAAUGAACAACUUUCCCUUCUAAAUCUGGUAUGGUGUGGCUGAAUCAUCUUAAAUCAAAAGAUUACCAUUGUUUCAAAACUUAUUGUUCAGUUUCCCACUUUAUAAUAUUUAUUAUCAUUUUGGGGUUACAACAGAGAAACACCCGGCAAUCAGUGUACCUUAACUUAAGUAUGCAAUCUUAUAACAUUUUCUUUUCUUGCAGAUCCUCCAAGAAUUCUUCCAUUGCUGCCAGAAACAGAGGAGUGGACUGAAGGUGAAAAACGAGAGCUUGCUUGUCACACAGCUGGAAGACCAAAGCCUAAAGUAACAUGGAAAAAAGGCGAUCAAAUUCUUAAACAGGAGAGAAAAGUAGCAGUGACGAAACUAGAUUUUCCAUCUGUUACCUGGAGAGAUGCUGGGUCGUAUGUUUGUCUGGCAGAGAAUGCUGGUGGCAGAUCACAAAAGCAAGUUGAAAUCACUGUACUUUGUAAGUUCACUUUUUUGGAAUUUUACAGCACUUCUUCCACCCUCAAUAAACUUUCCCCUUGUCACACCCCAUCACUGCUUAAUUGAUGCUCCCCUUAUCAUACAACUUUCACUCAUAUUGGACUCUCCCUGCAGCUGCAGCCUUUGCAAUUUGGACCUUGUCAGACUGCGUUUACCCUCAUUUACCUCCCUCUGUCCCAUAUGCACAGUGUUACUAUAUAUCUCCAGCCACAAUUAGAGUCCUCGCUGUCACACUUCUUUCACCUACAUAUGACUUCCCCCAAGCUGUACCCUGUGCUUUCUGCACUUAGCUUAGUUGUAUUUGAGUAUGGUGAGGUACAUAAACUAGGAUUUGAAGUAUCAUUCUGUUGAAGCAUUGUGUCAUCAAUGUAUUGCUUGCAGAUGCACCUAAAGACACAAGCAUCAAAACUGAUGCACCACAGGACACCGUUAGUGAUGGCUCUUACAUUACCAUCACUUGUGAAGCCCAUGGAAAUCCUCCCCCACAAUAUAAGUUUUACAUUGAAGGUCAAAGUAUAAAUGACAGAAGCGCACAAAGGUCUGGGGAGUUAAGACUUACAACAGUGGGCUUUUCGCAAAGUGGAAUUUACAGCUGUGAGCCUGAAAAUGAUAUGGGAACAGGUCCCAGGAAGGACAUCACAGUUUAUGUCCGACGUGAGUAAAACUUUCUUUUUAAGGGUGAAUGGUGUCUCUCUGUGUCUCGGCAGGAUUUUCAUCUGACUUACUACACUAAGUCAUAAGAUGACUCUGAUUGAGUUGUGGGAGAAAAAUUGUAUCUUAACCCUUUAAGCCCCAAUAUCCACAAACAAAUUCUCCAAACUGAUCUCCAUACAUUUCCUUCAUGAAUGAGUUGAGAGAAUUUGAUAAAAGAUCAAGGCAUUUUCCCUUAGGUGAUCAUUUUAUUAAUUCUCAUAACCUAAUCUCUUGACAUUGUAUGGAUAUCGUUAGGAGAAAAUUGAUGUUAGUCACUAGGGUUAUUAUUGGAAAUAUUUGAUCUAAUUUAAAAUCUCAUAUAACAUGUUUGUGGUUUGGAUCGAAUCUCUAAGUCUCGUUUUCACUUGUAUCUUAUGCCUUUAACUGUUUGCUGACAAGUCUCAAAUUUUCAAACAUGGGUCUAAUAAUGGAGUAGCAGCUAAUUUUCAGGUUUUUUUGCUCAUUCACAAUACUCAAAAAAUAGCACAAAAUAAUCUAACUGCCAUUUUGAUUCUAAUCUUUCAUGUUAACUCCUUACUACUUUUAUGCUAACAGAUUCACCACAAAUUGAUCUUCGUCCUGAAAAUCAAAAAGUUGAUGAGAAUGGACAAGUUAGUGCACGUUGUGAAGCCAAAGGCUUUCCAUCACCUAUAAUUAAAUGGGUGAAACUCCUUGGUAACAAACUGGUUCGUAAUGGAACGUCAUCAUUGUUCAUUCAAAAUGUGCAGCGAUCAGACCACGGAUGGUACAGAUGCAUAGCUAGUAAUGGUUUUGGUGAUGAUGCCAUUGCAGAAUUUGAAAUCAAUGUUUAUUGUAAGUUAAACUGAUAAAGUAUGAUAUAUCAGUUAUUGUGCAGACACUUGAACCGUGAACACUUUUUUGAGCUUUUUUGGUGAAUGCAUUGUUUUUUUUUCAUAGUAAAGUAAAAAUUCUUUGUAGUGAACAAAAGGGAAAUUGAUCUGUUAUAAUGGAAACCAUAGCAGAAUUGGAUCUCAUUAUUUUAAGCUAUUUAGUUCCACUGAUGAGCCUCCUAUGUGGCUUGCAAUACAAUUCUUAUGUUAUUGUUAUUGUUAUUAUUAUUAUUAUUAUUAUGACAUGUUGUGGGCUAUACCCGUUACCAACAAAGUGUCUUGAAGUAGCUAUAUGUCACCAACAAACUAUAAAGAUUGGAUUUCACCCAAUAGCAGUAUACAUGUAAUAUGUAGUUAGAGUUUAGUUUGUAUUUUAACCUGGGCAUAUCCCAUAUUUGCAUGAGUGCCCUCUAGCCCAGCUGUUAUCAUAGCAGAUUUUAGCAUAGCAAGACCCAUAUUUCUUAACCCUCCCUUCCCUUGUAUCCAGCUAAGUGUGGUUGUCUGACAUUAUUCCAUUGCUUUUGACUGACUGUUGAUCAACACAAACAAUAUCAUCCUGAUGCAUUACUUUAAUAUAAGAUGCCCCGAGGAUUAACAGAACUGCAUCAAGCCAAAAUGUCCCUGCAUGGUCAGGAAGUACAGCAGACCUAUCAUGUGUGGCUGAUGGUAACCCUGCCCCUCGAUACACUUGGACUAACAGCUCUGGCACUGUUGCUACUUCAGAAGUGAGUGGAUUACUUCGGGUGACUCCUCAGGGAGCAGAUGGAUUUGGUCCUUACACAUGUACAGUGGAGAAUGACAAGGGAACUGAUAGUCUGGCCAUAAGCCUAGUGAAAGUUGGUAAGAUUUAAUAAUAAGCUUCUAUGUUUUAUCGAGAGUGUUACUUCUAACCUGAUCUUAUGGCAUUGCAGCUAUGAAUUAAAGGUCCUACAACUAAGUGCGAGACCCUUUGGUGACAGGGUCUUCGCUCAUGUUGGCCCCGGUCUCACAUUGUGAAACACUCCUCCUGCAGCGAUGAAAAUUAAGUAUUUAGAAAGUUUAAGGUUUUAUGGGCAGGGUAUGAAGAAUUUUAUAAUUCUUGUGGCAUUUGGCCAAUGAAUCGUUUCAUGCUACAAUUUUGUUGUCAAGUGAUUACAUCAUUUUAUGACACCAAUGAUUUAUUGAUUUGUAAGGCAAAAUUUAUACCCAUUACUUAAAGUUGAAUUGUUCCCACUUGGAAAAGGAAUGGAUUUAUACACUGAAAUUCAACAAUUUCUUAUAACAGUGGAUAUGCUGACUAAUAUUUCUCUGUGUUUUUGUUUUUAGAUCGGCCAGUGGUGGAGUUGAAAUUUCAAGGCAGCUCUGAUGAUUCUAUCUCCUUGACUUUGUCACUGUUAUCAGAUGAGAAAAGCAAUGUCUUUUUACAGCACUAUUUUUUGCAGUACCGGACAACGGACAGUAACAGCUGGAUUAAAACAGUUCCUCGCAUUCCUCCCCAAACAACUAGCUACCAUCUAAGUGGUUUGAAACCAUAUACUGAAUAUGAGGUACGGCUGUAUGCAAGGAAUCAACACUUCACAAGUGAUCCAUCCUAUGUUGUAGCAAUGACUACUGCAGCAGGUAAGAUAUCCUAGGGUAUUGUUUAGCUUAGGAGAUACCAGGGGAAAGGGUGGGAUUAUGAUGCUUAUCCCUGGGAAUGGGUGGAUAAAGAUGCAUUAUUAUCACUACAUGUGGUCAAAUGACAAACUGCCCUCUCUAAAACGCUCCUCUUUGCUGGCCAAAUGGCAAAGUGCGAGCGGUAAAUGGAAUUUGCAGCCUGCAACAUGAUUUCGUGUUGACGAUCUUUCCUUAUAAAACAAAUUUGUACGAUUUGGCCUUGUGAAAUGAUAACAAUAACAAUCACAUGACUUUUGUUGGCAAAAGAAUGUCAGAAGGUGAGGAAGUCUCAAGAAGCCAUGAAGGCUUAAAUAGGUGAGACUUCCUCUUUACAUUAGAUUUAGUUGUUACUAUAGUUAUUCAUUAAAUAUAUACUCAUACAAAUAAUGUGACCCUCCACAGGAUUUUGAUGCCAAAGCUGAAAGCAUGCUCACGACAUGCUUCCACUUGGUGGAAGGUGAUUAGCACACUGGUGAUUAGCACACUGCACACUGAGCUUCAGAUCAGAAAAACAUUUGUUUGGACUCUUUUCUCUUAAUUAAUGUGUAUGUGCAUCCCAUCAAAGGGAAGCUCAGGACAUUAUGUUCCAUUCAGAUCCUUGAAUGAAUGAAUGAAGCUUUAUUUAAUCUCGUCAAAAGCCCCGAUAAUUAACGGGCCCGUAAAGCUGUUGUUGUUUACGUGCAAGAUAGAGGUUUCAAUAGUUUUGCAUCUAACAUGAUGAAACUAUCAGUUAAUGCAACAAAAUCGAGUAGUUUGCUUGCCAGGACCUGCGCUCUUAUUCUUUAUAUUUCGAUUUGAAUAUUUGAUUUCGGGCCCUAAAAGUUACCAGGACUUUCGAGAAAUGGGCCCUUGGCCUAAUUGGUGAUUAUAUGUUCUACACUUUAUACCAAUGAUUUAUUGUCCAGUUGUUGCCAUUUUUUCAAUAGAACCAAGUCCUCCGCAAAAUGUUCAGGUGUACCCAAUUAACGGCACANCCCUUAAGUGGCAUGAAUGGGGUAUGGUGAUUAGCACACUGCACACUGAGCUUCAGAUCAGAAAAACAUUUGUUUGGACUCUUUUCUCUUAAUUAAUGUGUAUGUGCAUACCAUCAAAGGGAAGCUCAGGACAUUAUGUUCCAUUCAGAUCCUUGAAUGAAUGAAUGAAGCUUUAUUUAAUCUCGUCAAAAGCCCCGAUAAUUAACGGGCCCGUAAAGCUGUUGUUGUUUACGUGCAAGAUAGAGGUUUCAAUAGUUUUGCAUCUAACAUGAUGAAACUAUCAGUUAAUGCAACAAAAUCGAGUAGUUUGCUUGCCAGGACCUGCGCUCUUAUUCUUUAUAUUUCGAUUUGAAUAUUUGAUUUCGGGCCCUAAAAGUUACCAGGACUUUCGAGAAAUGGGCCCUUGGCCUAAUUGGUGAUUAUAUGUUCUACACUUUAUACCAAUGAUUUAUUGUCCAGUUGUUGCCAUUUUUUCAAUAGAACCAAGUCCUCCGCAAAAUGUUCAGGUGUACCCAAUUAACGGCACAACCAUGCAUGUAAAGUGGGAUCCGCCACAGUACCCUAAUGGACCACUGGAAUUAUACAGUGUGUUGUAUUCUGAGUCAGACAGCUACGUUGGCGAUGAUUUAAUGAUGAUGAUUGUGACAGUUAUGCCCAAUGUUACGGAAGCUUUCAUUGGUGGGCUGACCCCAUUUACAAACUACACCAUCAAAGUCAAAGUAGAAAACACUGUUGCAUUUGGAAGCAGUAAGCCACUUUAUAUUCUAACAGAGACAGCAGGUAAAUCUGACCUUUAAAUGAUUACCUGAUUACAGGAAAUUAAUGCAUCAUGACAAUUUCUUUGUUUGAUGCUUUUUGUACAUUUUGGGAAAGUACAACAAACAAAGUUUUUAUUUUGUAAUAAUUUUCUUCAUUUUGAAAUUGUUACCUUCUCUUUCGCAAGAAUUAUUUCCUUCAUUCGAAUGCUGUUUUCCACUAAAUUCGCAUUAAUUUAAGUUGUGUUGAUUUCCAAUACCUUAAUUUCAUGGAGCAUUAAUUUCCUAUAAUAAGUAAUGGUAAACAGGACUGAGUGGAGUCCAGUUUGGUCUGUAAUCAUGCGAGUGAUUAACAAAAUCACGGGAGUGCGAUCUGUUUAAUCUUGAGUAUGAUUGCAGACUAAAUUGGUCAACACGAAGUUCUGUUACCAUUUAAUCAUAACUUUAACAAAAUUUAUGAUAUAUAAGGCUCUUUUUUAAAUCAAAACACAAGAAAUUCCAAGAGUUUUUUUUGCUAGCAGAGAAAAAAAAAACAUUUAAAUGCAUACAGGAUGGUGUGUACUGCCCAAUUACUUUGGCAUUUAUGACAUGUAUUGUCCCAUUAAACUGUUCUAUUAAGGCUGAAAUCAAGGCAGUUGAUAGCCAAUCAGAUUUGAGAAUUUUGUCAUAGUUCUGAUUAGGAAAGAAAUGUAAUUAAGAACUGAUCAAUUGUUUAACACCCAACAUGAUGAACAAAAAAGAGAAAUCUUCUUACUGCCCUUGAGAAGGUUAUAAGGCAUUGUGGCUUUUUUGUGACCUACUCAAGUGCUCUGUUGAAGAGUUUUACAAGCUUAUAAUUAUUCUAGCUAAGAUGAAAUACCCUGUUAUGUUUGUGACCAAGCCUGCAAUGGCUUAGAAAAAAAACAGAUGUCCAAAACAGAUGACAGGUACAUACUAACUUGCAAAGGCCCUACACAACUCUGUGGUGUUGACAGGUAUGAUGUUAAUAGUUAUUUUCAUGUAUGAUCUGUUUCAGCUCCUAGUAAACCACUCGAUAAUGAGGCUAACAGCACUGGUCCUCACAGUGUGCGACUAAAGUGGAAGAAACCAAAGGACCUUAAUGGUGUAGUGGUACUCUUUAAAAUCAGGAUGCUUUGGAGAUUCAAGAAUGUAAAGGGAGAGUAUAAAAGAACCGAACUUACAGUUCCUGCCAAAGUGACUAGAAGGGCAAGAAAACGGAGAUCUGCCAAUGGAAGACCUGGCUAUACAGUUUUGCAGCUGGAACCUGAGAGAGAAAUUGAGCUUCGAAAUAUACAGCCAUUUGCUAUUAUUUCAAUAAGGGUGGCUGAAGGAACCAGGGAUGCUCAAAAUAACGUUUUGUGGGGUCCAUUUUCAAACAAUCAAACUGUUGAGACUGAAGAAGGAGGUGAGAUCUGGCUUUAAGUACUGACCCUCCUAGAUUUACAGUCAAGAUGGCGUUACAUGAAAUUAAGGCACAGUAAUGCUGUGCACAGUUCUUACUGACCGAUGAAAAUGAAAUCCUUAGAUGUUGCCAACCUUUUAAAUGAGGGCUACUGAGAGGGACCUUACCUGUGGGGUGAUUAUUAUAAAUUAUUGGACAAUCACAACCAUUUGUUAGUUGAUGAUAAUGACCAAGAAAAGAAAGGAAAAAAAAGACAUCUCAUAGUUAUAUAGGAAUAGCUCCCAGGAGUGAAAGGCAAAAGCAUAUGAUUCAUUGACAUACUUUAAAUCUCUGCCAGUUUCUCUGCUCUUUAUUAACCUAUUUCUGAUUGGAUGUUACCUUGCCAGCUCCCAGUGCACCACGUAAUGUUGCAGUCACCGACAAAAAGCCAACAUCUGUAAAAGUCACCUGGCUGCCACCUGAAUUCCCCAAUGGAAUUAUUACAAAAUACAGGUUCCUGUACUCCAACAAUACUGGAAAAAACUAUACAGUAGAGGUUACUAAAGGAUUAAAGAAUUCAUCCUUAUUUUAUGUUAUCACUGGACUCAAGAAGGAUACAGACUAUUUAAUAUAUGUGAGUGUUUUAAUUUGACAGUUAAAUUAGUAAGACUCAUAUUAAUUAUUACAAUAUUGCUCUCUGAUGUUGUGUUUCACCCCCUGAUGACAUGGAUAUGGUUUUCCAUAUGUUUGCUUUAACAUGUGGCUGACAGGUUUUUAGACCAGUCUCGUUCCUCAGUUCAGAAAUUCAUAUAUUCAUCAGUUCAUAAGAUCUGUGUGUUACAUAUAUUAAAUCUUAACUAAGGACAAAGGAGUCCCAGUCACCAUCUAAAAUGUGUUAAGACCUAGAGGGAUAUUGCUAAAACAGAGAGUUAUAAGCUAUAAACGAAAAACAUAUAUAUUUUUUAAGCUGUCAAGAUAGUUAACCUGCAAUAACAUUGAGGCUUGAAUACUGGAUAGUUGGAAAAUGAAGCUUGCUGAUCUUGUCUCUCUUACAUUGCUGUACUUUGUUCACCAUGUCUCUGCCAGGUUCAAGCAUUCACCAGCAAUUAUCCUGGAAAGGUCAGUUCUCCAGUGUCAAGGAUUGAGACCACAAAAACACCAGGUAAAUAAUCAAUCAAUCAUUCAAAUAAACAAAUAAAUAGAUUGAGGGCCACAUAUUAAGAUCCUGAAAUAACCAGUUGCUUGAUGAGCCCAUGGCCAAUCUGAAAAUGUAUGGCAAUAGGGCAUAACCCUGCAGCAGGACAAAAACAAGGGACAAACUUCCAUUGGAUAUUAGGCAGUCAUCAUUGGUAACUGUAUUUGAAACUAAGCUCAAGACUUAUCUUUUUAAGGAUGGCUGUUCGAUUUGAAAUUUUUAAAAAGUUUUAUCCUUUGCCUGAAAAAUAUGGUACUUGAUUUAUUGUUUAGAUAAUGUAGUUUUAUUAGUUAUAUAUUAGACAAUAAGUGGAGUAUGGCACUCUAUAGAUGCAUUUAAUUUUAAUUUUAAUAUCUUUAAGUGCAUAAUAAUUAAAUGCAUUACAGGGCUUAAAAUAAUUUCUGGAUAGUCUCCAGACACCCUGACACAUAUCGUUUCUGGCCGGUCAAAUUUAUAAGAUAAAUAACUCUUAAAACAGGUGUUAUGUAAUUCCAAAAAGUCAUUGCUUAGAGCUUAUAGCACGUAUUGUCAACAGUAAAUAUAAGGUAUUACAGCCGCGAAGUGAAUUGUAAACAAUGGUUCUCGUUGCAUUUCACCUGGGAUUUCAGAUCAAAGUUCUGCAAUACACAGUGACUUGCUUCAUACUGAUAACAACUGAAAAAACUGAACAGCAUGAAAAUUUAAAUUUAUGUCAUUUUCAAUACAAUCAAAUGAGACCGGUCACCAUGUACGGCAAGACGAAAGUUUGACCAGUCAACUUCCCAAUCAAUCUGGACAUAAUUGUCCAUUGACCAGCCGUUAUUUCGAGCCCUGCAUCAUAAUUGACCCUUGUUUAAUGGAUUAUAAUAUUAUCAUUUUGGCUUUGUUUUAGGAGACAUAGCAGGACGUAGCAGUGUUGAUAAUAGCUCUCUUUAUGGCGGAGUCUUUGCUGGGAUAAUUGUUUUGGCAUUUGUGAUUAUCAUUGUUGUGUUAGUGAUAAGGUAGGUAUAUAGUAAUUUACACAUAAUAAUUGCUCGUGCAACGCAAGAGGAAACAGUGUAGUGAGAAAAAUGAUACAUAAAACUGGACUUCAAGAAUUUUUCUGUUUUACUGAUCUUUUGAUUGUUUGUGUGUCUGCUUUUCUUCUGUCUAUGUGCAGGGUGUCAGUCUGUAAAUUUCUAACCCUGAUAAAUAUCUGAUUUCUCCCUUCCUGAUCGUCUUGACCUAACGUAAAGGUCACCACCAACCAAAUGUUUUGAUUUUUAAACAGAUUAUUUAAUCCGCAUCAUAUAACUGUUUUAUAGUAAAUAAAAAGAACAAUUUUUAAGAACGUACAAAGUAUUCAAAGGGGACAGUUUACGAAGAUUUGUGGCUCCUUCAAAUAUCCAAAUGCAGUAACUUUCAUUGGGAGGAUAUGCUUAAAGUGCACACAAUAUUCUGCAAUAUUUUUAUUUUCAGCUCCAUUAAAUUCUGUGCUUUUUCUACCUUAAGGUUCAAAGGGUUAUGUAGAUAUGAAUCCACUUUCAUGAUAGAGAUUGUCAUUAAUGUAUAUGCAGAUUUGAAUGUUUAUGUAACGUAAUGCUACUUAAAUAAGUAGGUGUGGUCACAGUGAGACAUUAAUCUUACAUGGUCUGAAGAUUAAAUACAUUUCAAAACUGAAAUAUCUCUUACCCCUUUGACAGAAAACACAGAAGACGGCAUGAUUCUACAGAACUUGACGGCAAGGGAUAUACUGUUGCCAAUUCUAAUGAUAGUGGUAUUGGAGACAAAGAGUCAUUGGACCGUGUCCCUGGAGUUAAAUAUUUACAAGGUGUACGACGAGGAUCUGAAGGUUCGGAGUCAUGGGUUUAGUUAGUAUGGACUGAGCACCUUGGUAUCUUGGUUCUAAAAAUUUUGCACCACACAGCCCUCCUCAUGGUUGUCUAAAUUUGUAGUCUUAGCCUUAAACGAAAAACUGUCACCACAGCUACAAAUAAAUUUAAAGAGCACUGUAAGAUGAAGAAAUCCACUAAUCUGGGGCCUCUUCUAAAAAAAUCAAUGACCUGCUGGUCUGCUUCCAAACAAGAUUUGUUCACCUAAAUUACGAGAAUUCAUUAUUUAAAGGCACUCUUUUUUAGUAUUUUUUUUCUGUUUGAUCUCCAGUUAAAAAUUUUGAAAUUCCAUGAGGUGGCUUAAUGAUAAACUAAUAACUAUGUGUUAUUUUUA